UUGCAAUAUAACUGAUGGAGAUCGUGUUCAACUUGAAAGCGAUAUACUCACUCAUAUAUAUCCUUCUAUAUAUAUAUAUAAAGGCCUCCGUAGAAGAAGAGAGAGAGAGAGAGAGGCGUACGAUCUCCGCAUCGUAGAAACAUUGUGGAGGAGGCGAAGAGAAUGGGGAAAGGAGGGGAAGAGCAGAGUAACGGUUCCUCCGAAUCGUUAAAGUUGGAUACUUUCCCCGCUUGGGCCAAAGACGUUAGAGAAUGCGAAGAGCACUUCGGCGUUAGCGUUGAGAGAGGAUUAACUGCCGAUGAGGUGUUGAAACGUCAUCAGAUCUACGGUUUGAACGAGUUAGAGAAGCCUGAAGGGACGUCGCUUUUCAAGUUGGUUCUGGAGCAGUUCAACGACACGUUGGUUCGUAUCCUCUUGGCGGCUGCUGUUAUAUCCUUCGUGCUGGCCUUUGUUGAUGGCGACGAAGGAGGUGAGAUGGGGAUCACAGCGUUCGUCGAGCCGCUUGUGAUCUUCUUGAUCUUGAUUGUGAAUGCGAUCGUUGGGAUCUGGCAGGAGACUAAUGCCGAGAAGGCACUGGAGGCUUUGAAGGAGAUUCAGUCUCAGCAGGCGACUGUGACGCGGGAUGGGGUUAAAGUGUCUAGCUUGCCUGCUAAGGAGCUUGUUCCUGGGGACGUUGUGGAGCUCAGGGUGGGUGAUAAGGUCCCUGCGGAUAUGCGUGUUGUGGGAUUGGUUAGCUCGACGUUGAGAGUUGAGCAGGGGUCUUUGACGGGAGAGAGUGAGGCGGUGAGUAAGACUACUAAGCCUGUGGAGGAGGGGGCUGAUAUUCAGGGGAAGAAAUGUAUGGUGUUUGCAGGGACCACUAUUGUGAAUGGGAACUGUGUUUGUUUGGUUACGGGUACUGGGAUGAGUAGUGAGAUUGGGAGGGUGCAUUCGCAGAUUCAAGAAGCUUCACAGCACGAGGAAGAUACUCCUUUGAAGAAGAAACUCAACGAGUUUGGAGAAGCUCUGACGAUGAUCAUUGGGUUGAUCUGUGCGUUGGUGUGGCUCAUCAAUGUGAAGUACUUUCUCUCCUGGGAGUAUGUCGAUGGCUGGCCUAGAAACUUCAAGUUCUCCUUCGAGAAGUGCACGUACUACUUCGAGAUUGCUGUGGCGUUGGCCGUUGCUGCGAUUCCGGAAGGUCUUCCAGCGGUUAUCACCACUUGUUUGGCUCUCGGGACGCGGAAGAUGGCUCAGAAGAAUGCUCUGGUUAGGAAGUUGCCCAGUGUGGAGACGCUUGGCUGCACAACGGUUAUAUGCUCUGAUAAAACUGGAACUCUGACAACCAAUCAGAUGGCUGUUUCGAAGCUUGUUGCUAUGGGCUCUAGAGUUGGAACUCUCCGAUCUUUCAGUGUUGAGGGGACUUCUUUUGAUCCACGAGAUGGAAAGAUAGAAGAUUGGCCUGUGGGUAGGAUGGAUGCAAAUCUUCAGAUGAUUGCGAAAAUCGCUGCCAUUUGUAAUGAUGCUAACGUCGAGCAAUCUGAGAAUCAGUUUGUUGCUAGAGGCAUGCCUACUGAGGCAGCUUUGAAGGUUUUGGUUGAGAAAAUGGGAUUCCCAGAAGGAGCGAGUAAAGCUUCAUCUUUGGCUGAUGGUGAUGUCUUACGUUGUUGUCGGUUAUGGAGUGAACUAGAGCAACGUAUUGCCACUCUUGAGUUCGACCGAGACCGUAAGUCAAUGGGAGUAAUGGUGGAUUCCAGCUCAGGAAAAAAGCUGUUACUGGUCAAGGGUGCCGUUGAGAAUGUAUUGGAAAGGAGUACAAAGAUUCAGUUACUUGAUGGUUCCACACAAGAACUUGACCAAUACUCGAGGGAUCUUAUUUUACAAAGCCUACAUGAUAUGUCCAUGAAUGCAUUAAGGUGUCUCGGAUUUGCCUUCUCAGAUGUUCCAUCAGAUUUUGCUACUUAUGAUGGCAGUGAAGACCAUCCUGCUCACCAGCAACUUCUCAACCCAUCUAACUAUUCUUCUAUUGAGUCCAAUCUAACAUUUGUUGGGUUUGUUGGUCUAAGGGAUCCUCCGAGGAAAGAGGUGCGUCAAGCCAUUGCAGACUGCAGAACGGCAGGUAUCCGAGUCAUGGUGAUAACCGGAGACAACAAGAGCACCGCGGAAGCAAUUUGCCGUGAGAUUGGAGUGUUUGAGGCAGAUGAAGAUAUCUCGUCAAGAAGCUUGACUGGAAAAGAGUUUAUGGAUGUUAAAGAUCAGAAGAAUCAUCUAAGGCAAACGGGAGGGCUCUUGUUCUCGAGGGCUGAACCCAAGCACAAGCAAGAGAUUGUUAGGUUACUCAAAGAAGAUGGUGAAGUGGUUGCCAUGACUGGAGAUGGAGUCAAUGAUGCUCCUGCGUUGAAGUUGGCUGAUAUAGGUGUAGCUAUGGGUAUUUCCGGCACAGAGGUAGCGAAGGAGGCAUCAGACAUGGUGUUAGCAGAUGAUAACUUCAGCACUAUUGUAGCAGCUGUUGGUGAAGGCAGGUCCAUCUAUAACAACAUGAAGGCUUUCAUCAGGUACAUGAUCUCUUCAAACAUCGGUGAGGUUGCAUCGAUAUUCUUGACAGCUGCACUUGGAAUCCCAGAAGGCAUGAUCCCAGUUCAGCUUCUGUGGGUGAAUCUGGUAACAGACGGUCCUCCAGCUACUGCUUUGGGAUUCAAUCCCCCUGACAAGGAUAUCAUGAAGAAGCCUCCUCGCAGAAGCGAUGACUCGCUUAUCACUGCCUGGAUCCUCUUCCGCUAUCUGGUGAUUGGUAUGUAUGUGGGAGUAGCAACGGUAGGAGUAUUCAUCAUAUGGUACACACACAGCAGCUUCAUGGGCAUAGACUUGAGCCAAGACGGUCACAGCCUUGUGAGUUACUCACAGCUAGCACACUGGGGUCAGUGCUCAUCAUGGGAAGGCUUCAAAGUCUCACCUUUCACAGCUGGCUCACAGACUUUCACCUUCGACACAAACCCGUGCGAGUAUUUCCAACAAGGGAAAAUCAAAGCGUCCACACUCUCCCUCUCGGUGUUGGUGGCUAUUGAAAUGUUCAACUCCUUGAACGCGCUCUCAGAGGACGGAAGCCUCGUGACGAUGCCGCCGUGGGUGAACCCGUGGCUGCUGCUGGCGAUGGCGGUGUCGUUUGGGCUACAUUUUGUGAUACUGUACGUGCCCUUCUUGGCUCAGGUGUUUGGGAUAGUGCCGCUGAGUUUGAACGAGUGGCUGCUGGUGUUGGCUGUGUCGCUUCCGGUGAUACUGAUAGAUGAAGUUCUCAAGUUUGUAGGAAGGUUGACCAGUGGAUACCGCUACGCACGUCGCACUCCCUCUGUGAAGCAAAAGGAGGAGUAAGAAGAUUUGUAAACGAAAGGCAUAUUAUUUAUUUACAGACUCUAGUUUUAGCUUUUAAUAUUAUUCACUUUGUUGCUUUAACUCAAUGUCAGCGUCGUUGGUUAUUUUAAAUUUUCCAAACGAUUCCAUUUGGAUUGAUAAAAAUGUUUGCAA